AGGAGAAGUGAGCGCGUUAUGCCGUGGCACAUCAUCAGGCGGCACACACAGCUAGUGUAAAACUUACGGGUGAAUGGAACGGUCAUCCAAGUGUGCAGCUGGUGAGCCCGCUUGACUUGUCUCCGCACGAGCACAAAUCGGCGCCCAAGCCUCGUUGGCCACCACUCGUCCGCGGCGCCCGCCACGCGAUUUUCUGCUGCACGUCCACCCUGCCCGCGUUCGGCCCUAACGCUUUUCACCAAUCGACUUUCGUGGCCGACUAACUUUGCUGCUUUCUCCGUCGCGGACAAGGCGCCGGCUCACCAAACCUCGCGACUCUUCACGUUCUCCGUUUCACUGUUGAUGCUGGCACACAGCUAAGGCGUGGGUCCCCGGCCCAACCAAGACUACACAAGCGGAACCCUGCCACCCGAGCAGGGUAGUUUCAUCCCCCAGUUGUGCCAAACAUCCGCCAAGACGUUGAUAGGACCAAGCCUGGUGGCGGCCGGGCGAGAGGGCGGCUGCUCUGAGGCCUUCUGGAAGAUGCCCCACAAAGGCGUCUUCUCAGGUCUCCACCAGUCGACCCAGCUGUUGGGCGAGCGACUUCUGCUGCCCGCCUCUGACGGAUCAGCAGGGCACAGCGGCAUCAACCAGCUCGGUGGCGUCUAUGUCAACGGUCGCCCGCUACCCGACUCGACCCGCCAGAAGAUCGUCGAGCUGGCCCACUCAGGAGCAAGGCCCUGUGACAUUUCUCGCAUCCUCCAGGUCUCCAACGGCUGCGUGUCCAAAAUCCUUGGAAGGUAUUACGAGACCGGUUCCAUCAAACCUCGAGCAAUAGGGGGCUCGAAACCGAGAGUGGCCACCACACCGGUGGUUUCCAAGAUAGCCGACUACAAGAGAGAAUGUCCGUCCAUCUUUGCCUGGGAAAUUCGAGACCGACUGCUCUCCGAGGGCGUGUGCACCAAUGACAACAUUCCUAGCGUGUCGUCGAUUAAUCGCGUGCUGCGCAACCUGGCUGCACAAAAAGAGCAACACGCGUCCUCGCAGAGCGAGUCCGUCUACGACAAACUGCGGAUGUUCAACGGCCAAGCCCCAGGUUGGGCCUGGUACCCUGGAGCGACGCAGACCCCGCACCUCAGCCUCCCGCCGAACCCGACGGCCGCCCUGCCGUCCGCCGCACAAGUCACCAGGGACGAUUUGCAGAAAAGAGUCGAUGGAGUGAUCAACGAAAGCACAUCGGAUGGCAACUCGGAGCACAACUCCUCUGGUGACGAAGACUCGCAGCUGCGUUUACGACUGAAGCGCAAACUGCAGAGGAACAGGACCUCGUUCACGAACGAGCAGAUCGAGUCCCUGGAGAAAGAAUUCGAGAGGACGCACUACCCAGAUGUUUUCGCUCGUGAGCGGUUGGCCGAGAAGAUUGGACUUGCCGAGGCCAGAAUACAGGUGUGGUUUAGCAAUCGCAGAGCAAAGUGGCGACGAGAAGAAAAACUGCGAAAUCAGCGACGAUCAGUUGAUCCCGUGGGAGGCACGACAACGCCAUCAGGAUCGGCGGCCGCCGCAGCCGCGGCCGCUGCGGCCACCAGACUGCCCAUCAAUCCAGCAGGAUUCAACUCCAUGUACCCAUCUAUCCCGCAGCCGAUCUCCACAAUGGCCGACACGUACAGCUCUAUGUCGACCAGCCUGAGCAGCAUGAGUGGCAGUUGUCUACAGCAGAGGGACUCUGGCUACCCCUACAUGUUUCACGACCACUUGUCUUCACUAAGCUCGACCUACAACUCACGGGCAGUCGCGGCCGCGGCCGCCGCGCAAAGCGCCACUCACUCGUAUGGAUCGCCGACAACCACAUCCGCAUCCACCACAGGAGUGAUUUCGGCUGGUGUGUCCGUGCCAGUACAAAUCCCAAGCCAGAACCCUGAUCCCGCGUCCAACUACUGGCAUCCUCGGCUUAACUGAUCUCAGCUUUUUGGGUUUCCACACAGCCGAUGCUUCCUGUUGGAAAACCCAGAGCAGCCGGGAACUCCAUCUCCAGGCGCGUCUGAUCAAGCGGCCAGUGCGACAGAAAGCCAACAACCCAUAUCUCAGGCAUAGACUCUGAAAUCAGCUCCGCAUCUCAUUGUCAGUCAGUUUGAAUCGAAUCACCAGAUACACAGUUGUUUGUCGUAGCUUCUGAGAAAUAAACUCUCUUUUUACACCUCGUA